AGUGACUUAUUGGACGAUAUAAGGUUCAACUUAGCAGAUCGUAUACACAGUGGAUUGUUGUCUAUGAAAUAUAUCCUAACAACACAAACUAACAAACUCUAUGAAGUACUUCCACACAUUGACGACUUUGACUGCAGAUUGGCUGCAGAAUCAAUUAUAGAGAAACUUAGCUCCAAAUACCACUUCAGUUCACCACAGGAAUUUCAUACUGCAAACGGACUUAAAGUCAAGCUUCCAGAUAUUCAAUUUGUUAACUACAAAUCAGCCAUACAGAUAGUGAAGGAACAACUAUCUGAUCAGACAAAAGAACAACGCAAUAACAAUAACGUCAGUUGCCAAGAAAACCAGUUUAACUUUGUAAGCAAUAAUUAUGUGAAGACAAAAGAAUUGUCAGAGAAAACAAACGAGUGUUUUGUCAAAAUUAAAGAAGGGAUGGUCGUAAAGUUGAAGAUUGCUACGGACGAGUCGGACGUUGCCUUUGGGUGGUAUAAGACUAACCCGUGGAAUCAAAAGAGAUGGGGAUUCUUUCGCAAAUCUACAGAAAACAUGAAGUAAACAUAAACACUGAGGACUGAGAUAUGCAUGUUGACAUUAUUGGUUUAAUAUUUUUUUAAAUGAUUCGCACUAUAAGUGUACUUUGGUUAUGUUUCAAUAUUGAGUUGUGCGAGUGUGUCGGUCUGUGUGAUUGAGAAAAUGUGCGUCCGUGUGAGAGAGGGGAGUGUGUGUGUCUGUGCAUGUGAAAGAAUGUUUAUCUUUGAGUAAAAGUAUCCGUGUGAGUGAAUCUUGUGAAAGAGUGUGUAUUUAUUUGUCUUGUGUGGUAUGGGAGAAAUGAGAGAAAGAAAGGGUGGAAGUGUUUGUGCUGUUUGUCAUUGUUAAAAAUAUUGUGAGUGUAUAUAGCUAUUUAAUAAAUGAUUUUUUUUA